AUGCCGCCAACCACCGAACCAAAAGUUCUCGGUAGUCGUCUCAAGAACAAAGUUGCCAUUGUCACGGGUGGUGGUUCCGGUUUUGGCGAAGCCAUCGCUCGUCGUUUUGCGGGAGAAGGUUGUAAAGUGACGAUUGCAGAUAUUGAUGCUGUUGGUGGUGAACGUGUUGCGAAUGUUCAUCCCCAUAGUAUGCUUUUUGUGAAGAUGGAUGUGACGAAUGAGGAAGAUUGGGAGAGAGUUUUGGAGACGACACUUGCUAAGUGGGGAAGAGUGGAUGUUUGUGUUAAUAAUGCUGGGACGAGCUACAGGAAUAAGCCAACUUUGGAUGUCAUCGAAGAUGAAUUUGACAAGGUUUUUAAUGUUAAUGUUAAAUCCAUCUUCUACGCAACAAGACACUUCAUUCCAAAUGUUAUCAAUCAAGGGGAAGGUGGAUCGAUGAUUAACAUCGCAUCGAUUGGGGCUUCAAGACCUCGAGCAGGUCUUGUUUGGUAUAACGCCAGUAAAGCUGCCGUUGUCAAUGCUACCAAAGGACUCGCGGCAGAAUACGGACCCAAGAACAUUAGAAUCAAUUCUAUAUGUCCACUACUCGCUGGUACUGGCCUUAAUGAGGCAAAAUUCAUCACGGUACACUGCGAAGAUCUGGAAUACGGUAGUAAAAAGGUGAUGGUUAUUAUGGAAUCAAUAUUGAUCUAUUUUAUAUCGAACUUUCGACUUGUGAAGCUCACCGUCGUUGACUUGUUGAAAAGCUAA